AUGCGUCCAGGGAUGGGCGGGCGGGGCCUUCACUCGUUCCGGGAGGGCGGGCGGGUGGGGUCUGCCCUGCAUCCAUGGACGGGUGGGUGUGGCCCGCUAAGUGUCCCGGGACGGGCUGGAAUGGCCUGCCACGUGUCCCAGGACGGGCGGGCGAGGUUCGCCAUGUGUCAAGGGAAGGGCGGGCGAGGCUCUCAACAUGUCACUCGACGGGCAGGCGAAGCCCGCCACGUGUCCUGUGACGGGUGGGCAAGGCCCGCUACGUGUCCCGAGACGGGCUGGCGAGGCCCAUCAUGUGUCCCGGGAUGGGUAGGGGGGAGGCCUCCCACCAAGGGGAUUCCCAGGGACGGUGGGCGGGCGGGGCCUGCCAUGAGUCCCGGGAGGCAGGCGGGGCCCAUCACUCAUCCCAGGAUGGGUGGAGGGGGCCCGCCACUCGUCCCUAGGCAGGCGAACGAGGCUCGCCACGUGUCCCGGGACAGGCGGACGGCGCCCACCAUGUGUCCCGGGACGGGCGGGCGAGGCCCCCCACGUGUCCCAGGAUGGGCGGGUGGCGCCCGCCACAUAUCCCAGGACGGGUGGGUGAGGCCCGCCACGUUUCCAGGGAUGGGCGGGCUAGGCCAACCAUGCGUCCCGCGACGGGCGGGCCGGGUCCGCCCUGCGUCCAGAGAUGGGCGGGUGGGGUCUGCCCAGCGUUCCAGGUCGGGUGGGUGA